AAAAAAAAGCGCCUCAUUCCUUCUUCCACCGCCAUACUGUAUUUUAUAGUAACUCUCAUUUUUAUUCCUCCCUUUUACUCCCGCUCGUGGAAGGUUUUCCUGGAGAAUGAAGUGCGGUUUGGUUUCCUUGUCAACGGAAGAUGAAGUGAACAACUGAACAUCUCCCCAGUGCAGGGUUAAAACCAAGUGAUCCAACCAUGACUGGCAAAACACAGACCAGCAACGUCACCAAUAAGAAUGACCCAAAGUCCAUCAACUCCAGAGUCUUCAUCGGCAACCUGAACACAGCCAUUGUCAAAAAAGGUGACAUCGAAGCGAUCUUUGCAAAAUAUGGGAAAAUAGUUGGCUGUUCAGUGCACAAGGGUUAUGCAUUUGUACAGUACAUGAGCGAGAGGCAUGCGAGGGCUGCCGUGGCAGGAGAGAAUGCCAGGAUCAUCGCAGGGCAGCCACUAGAUAUCAAUAUGGCAGGAGAACCAAAACCAUACAGACCAAAACCUGGCAACAAGCGGCCACUUUCAGCACUUUACAGACUUGAAUCAAAGGAGCCUUUCCUGUCUGUUGGUGGUUAUGUCUUUGAUUAUGAUUACUACAGAGAUGACUUCUACAAUCGGUUGUUUGAUUACCAUGGCCGUGUACCCCCACCACCCCGUGCAGUGAUUCCACUGAAGCGUCCUCGUGUGGCUGUGACAACAACUCGCAGAGGCAAAGGGGUUUUCUCCAUGAAAGGAACAUCACGAUCCACCUCAAGUGGGGCUUCUUCCUCAGGAUCCAAAUCACCCACCUGUCUUCCCCUGCCCCUUAUGUGGAGUGAUACUGUCCUUGGAAGCAUCACUGGAAGAGGAAGAGAAAGAUCAGUGAAAUCAGAUGAAUUGCAAACAAUCAAGAAGGAAUUAACCCAAAUCAAAACAAAAAUUGACUCCUUGCUAGGGAGACUGGAAAAGAUUGAAAAGCAGCAAAAAGCUGAAGCAGUUUCUACAGAUCAAGUGAUGAGAUGUGUGGGAACCCCCUGAAGGCUGAGAAGAGAAACCCUGACUCCCCCACAGAAAAUUGUGUACUGCAGUUUCUUACUGGCUAGCAACACCUUUGAUUCAAUUUGUAUGAAAACUCAAUUUACUUAUUAAAAUGGACGUUAUUGUUCAAAUAUUAGAAAUCCCAUUUCUUAUAUGUUCUAAGCUGUACAAUUGUCAGAUUUUUAUGGUUUAGAUUGUAAAUGUGUUUUUCUCUGGCUAAUUAUUGGUAUUAUUUUUUUAAUUUUGAUGUCUUAAAGGCCAGUGUACUGUAUCAUAAUAAUAUGAAGGACAUAUUUAACAGGUGUGGGAAACUGUAUACAAAUGUAUAUUUCUAAAAGCUAUUUUUAUGAUUAGCAUGUUUUACUGUUUUACCAUAUUUAGUCAGGUGAUAUUGCACUUCUUUGUUCACAGCUUAAUUCAAACAAGAUCACAAUAAAUACAUUGUAUGGUAUUUUCCAUUAUUUUAAUUAUUACAUUUGUCACCAAAAAUAAUUAUGUUUACUAAUAGGGAUAGAUGCUAAAAAGUGAAAAUGUCAAAAUGAGAGAGAAAUCCUUGAUAAACUCUAAAUUGGAUGCUCCUGUAAAUCCCUUUCCUCAGAUAAUCACUCUCUGUGAUGUCAUUCACUAGACAGCUGUUACAGAUGUUCCUACCAGUCUCCAAAGACAGUUUUUUAUUAACAUAUGGAAAGUUUACAUGACAGUCAGUCUCCCAUCUAGCCAGAUAAAUUACUUAUAGACUGCCAAUAUCUGACAACCUGAGUUAGUCUACUGAUUAACUUUUGGUUUGUUUUCUGGCAGUAGUCUUUCCACUCCUGAAACCCUAAAGCCCUCCUAAAUCCUGCAGUUGGAAUAUUUAUUACAGAUGUUGUAGGGGGAAUCUCAGUAUAGAAUUUCUUAAUAAAUCAUAUUUCAUUUCAAACAGAAUGGAUGCAUUAUUUCUCCUUUGUUACUGAGAUAUUAAGGAUAUCAAAGCAUAUAAGGUAUGGGCACAAGGUUGUCUUCUCCAGUGAAAGUACCAACUUGUUCACCAUCCCAAAGCUAGACCUCCAUAGCAUUGCAGGUGACAUGAAACAAAGAAUAGAUAUUUGUUUAUCUACAUCCUUGUGAGAUAUACUCAUUUUAAAAGAGACAUGUCUUUAAAGUAAUUGCAGGAGAAAAAAAUAUUUGAUAGCUAUGGCCUUCCAAGAGGGAGAGACAGUAAUUUAAGAAGUACCUUAGAUAGUCAAAUGGAGUUCAGACCCAGCUGUGUGCCAGUCUGCAGCACAGAGCCCUGAUGUCCACUGGUAUCUGUGGCCAGGGGUAUUUGGUAUCAUCCAGUACAACAAAGAUGAACCCUUGUCUUGCCUUUUCAGUCAUUCUCUGUAGGCUGAAAGAAAGAGUGAAAUAAAGGUACCACAGAGACUCUUUAAUAGCUCAAACUCAAUUUCUACAAAAAACAACAGUUUCUGAGGUGAUAGGUUCACCUCAAACAGUGGGGGUAUGAGGAGGUGGGAGCCCAAGGUCUCCAGUCAGGUUUACAGCAUAGGCAUCAUCACCAAAGGACUCAUUCUUCAAACAUUUGGAAGAGAAGCAUACAUUUGAAUUUAAUUAUCAGUUACUGAGUGGGAGUUUACUUCACUAGGAGACUAUGUAACAUAGCACUCAGUUAUUUUUGUGGAACUUUUGUUUGGCUUGUCUAUUGUCUGUGGAGUUACAUGGUUUACCUAAGUGCUAAGUAGUACCUAGCUACUUAAUCAAGGAAAGCAUAGUUUAAGUAGUUACACCUGAGCAUAAAGAAUCCCAACUUCAGAAUCCACCAAGGCUGAUUCUCCCAGAAAAGUGCAGCAAAAAAUACUACUUCUGUGCAAGUGAAAUGUUAGGUCAAAUCAAAGGGUAAAAUAUUUCUCCACUUUCUAUCUAUUAGUAUAGGCUAUGAUCAUUUUUAACUGUAAAAAUGAAAAAAAAAAAAAAAAAAAAAAAAAAAGCCAUUUUGGGAUCUCCGUCUUUGUCUGACAGUUAAAAAAACAGAACUUCAAGCCUUAGCAACUCAACAGGAAUUUUGCCCACUUCAAUUAUGUAAACUGUUGGCUGACUUAAAAGAUACAAAAUGUCACCCAAGGAGAUCAGUUCUGAUGUUGGUGUUAAUAAACUAUGUAUGAGAAACAGCUAGGUGUAUCAUCUCUUCACCAUCUCCAUUCCAAAUGAGCUAAUAAUCACAGAAAGCACUCUAUUAGAUUUUUACAAAGUCUUUCCAAUCAUUACCCUUAGAUUACGUAUUCACAGAACUGAUUGCACUGUCAUAAUGUCGACACUGUUUCACACCACAGUUUAAGUCCUGAAUAUAUUUUGAACACAAAAACACAUCUCUGAUAACACUAUGAGGCACUACUUCAUUUGCAAGCCAUAAGCUUGUUGUGCCGUGCAGUUGAUUACUAGCAAGGUUUUUUAAUGGCAUGUUUGCUUCAAAUCACUACAGAGGAUGUGGUAGCUUCAACAGAGUUUGAUAGUUCUCUACUUUCAUGUGUGCAGUAUGCUCAGUGUUGUUUGCCAUCACUACUGAUACUUGCUUUACAUGGGUUUUGUCAGAUGUGGGUUUUUUUAACAUUGCUCAUCCCUUGCAAUAUGGAAGAAUAGGAAACAUAAAGGAUCUUGUCAAUCAGUUUGGAUAGUUAACAGUCUUAUAAAAUCCUUUAUGGACAGUCCUGAAUUAAAUCAAUUCAUUUUCUACACAGACCUAUACACUCUGUGUAUUUCAGAUAUUUGUUUCAAACCUGUGCAGCUGCAUGAAUGGAAAAUAUUUACUAAAAAGCUUUAAAGUUUGAAUCAAUAAAAAAUAUUUUUACUUUUGUAAACUCUUGUAUUACAUAUUGUUGCGGUUCUUAUUAGUUUCGCUGUAGAUUCAUUUUUAGUUCUGAAAAAACAUUGUACUUAAGCUAUGUAGAUAGCCACAAUCUUGUAAGCAGUCAUAUUUUUACUAGGUGCCACUGCAAGUUAGAAUUAAAACAUGCAGGGUUUGCUAAUGUAGGGGAGAUUGAUGGUUCAUUACGGUUUUCUUUAAAAUGUUGUAACAUAAUUUUUACAUGUCUGUAAAUAAAUAUUUUCUCUGAUUUAUGCACUAA